AUGAAGUUCACCGUAGGCCAAGCCAUCCUGGCCCUGCUCGUCCCAGCGGCAUUGAGCGUCGACAUCACCGGCGGCCGCAGCCCAAAAUGCGUUUGCUGUUCCGCCCUAGCCAAGGACCCUGAGCUCGAAGGCAAGGUGCUGAUGCCCGACACGAAGACGUACGACAAGCGGCUACAAUCGUACUACUCUGCCAACGCGGCACAAACCGCUUGGUGCAUGGUUCUCCCGACGAGCACACCCGAUGUGUCACGUAUCGCCAAGAUUAUCUCUGAACACCAGUGUCCGUUUGGUAUUCGGAGUGGCGCGCAUUCUGCCUUCAAGGGUGCUAAUGGCGCGAAGGAUGGGAUCACUGUUGACUUCGGCAACUUGAAUACGACAACCUACAACAAUUUGACCGAGAUUGCUUCGAUCAAUCCUGGUUCGACUUGGGAAAAGGUCUUCACUCUGCUCAAGGGUGAGAAUGUGACUACAGUUGGUGGUCGGGCCUCAGUGGUUGGUGUUGGAGGUUUUGUUACUGGCGGUGGUUACUCCUUCCACACCAAUGCGUAUGGUUUUGCCUGCGAUACGGUGACCAACUUUGAGAUCGUUCUCGCCAACGGCACCGUGGUCAAUGCCAACGCGACAUCCAACCCAGACCUGUUCAAGGCUCAGAAGGGCGGCUCAGGCAACUUGGGUUUCGUCACCAGAAUUGACCAAAAAGUUGUCAACUCCACCGAUAUGUGGGGAGGUCUCCGGGAGUACGACGAGACCAACAGGGACAAGCUUUUCCGCGCCUACCUCAACUUCGCCGAUAAGAUGGACCAAGAUCCCGCAAGCCAGAACAUCGUGGGAAUGUCGUAUGGGACUCACCGGACCCAUGGACUACGAGCAAUCUUGACCAACAGCGCCGGCGUCGACAAUGCUCCAGCCUUCAGCGAGUACGAAAAGAUCAAUGUCACAAGCAACACUUCACGAGUCGCAGCCGUUGCUGAGAUGGUUCCCGAGUUCACUGGACCUACGUCACUCGGCCUGUAUGCCAACUGGUUCGUUGGCCAAUUCCGCAACGACGCCCGCAUGAUGAACUUCGUCUACGACGAGCUCCAGAUGUUGGGCAAGCACUACUUGGACCCCAUAGCCGAGGAAAUGGCACGAAAGACGAACAAGAGCGUAACCUACGACGUCCUCGGACAGUUCCAGCCAUUUACGCAGUCCAUGGUCAAGCAUGGACAAGCCAACGGGGGUAACAUCCUCGGACUCGAGGACGUGGUGGCUGAUGGGCCGACGAGCAACUGGCUGCUUGUGCUGACCUGUGACACCCCCGAGCUGCAAGACAAGAUGCUCCCAUUCAUUCUCAAGUUCCGAGAGAGUAUUGAUGCAUAUGCCAAGUUCAUUGGCGUGUUCAAGGACUGGAGGUACCUCAACUACGCUUGGGGCGACCAGAACCCCAUUGCCACGUACGGUGAGAAGAAUGUGGCGUUCCUCAAGGAUGUCGCCAAGAGGGUGGAUCCGGAUGGCGUUUUUCAGAAGCUGAGGACCACCGGGUUCAAGAUUCCGGCUGAAGCGAAGACUUCGCAUUAA